GACGCAUCAUAUGAACGGAAUAAAACGAUAGUAACGACAUCUGUAGAUAUUUCUUUUUUUUAAUAUGAAAAUAAAAUACCGCCAAUUCAAUGUUGAUCGCAUCUCCUCAAUGUUUUGACGUGCAUGGCAAUGGCGGAUUUUAUGUUUAUCACAUAUUUUAUAUUAUCGUUGAUACUCAAAUUAUGUCCAGGAGAAGAAGAGAAGUUUUCUUUAUUAGAAAAUGAUUUUUCUGUUGAAAGUGAAGAAUCACAAAAGUCUAUAGAUACUAUGGCUUUUAAUGGCAGUUUGACUGGGCAGCAACGUUUUAAAUGUCAUAUUUGCGAGGGACCAGAUUGCUUAUAUUCUGAAAUCUGCUAUAAUGCAGUUACUUGUUGGAAAUCUAGAGUAAGACAACCAGAUGGUAUAGAAAGUGUAAGUAGAGGAUGUACUUCGACGAUAGAUCAAAUGUUAUUAAUAUGUAAUAAGCAAUUGCCACCGCGUAUUAUUCAAAGUGUUACUAAAAAGAGGCAUGUAAGUGGACCCUCACGAGGUGUACAAUAUCAUGUUGAAUGUUGCCAAACAGAUUUUUGCAAUGGCGGGCCAUUUCCAAUAUUACAUGACUUUAAUGGAGAUGUUGUUGAAGAAGAUUAUGCAGUUAAGUUAACAUUGGCAAUUUUGGGUCCUGUGGUUGGAUUCUGUAUUAUUGCUGGAAUAGUGCUGUUUUAUUUAUUGGUAUGUAGGACUCGUAAAAAAAGGACAUUGGCUGCAAGGCGUAAUAAACUUGUUAUAGAUUCUGAAAUGGAGUCAUCUAUCCUACAUUUCUCAUUUUCUUCUCCAACAUCCACUACGUAUCAUUCUCAUGAACUAAAAGCAACUGCAGCUGGUGAUAGUACACUAAAGGAAUACUUGGAUGGAAGAAGCUUAACUAGUGGAUCAGGAUCUGGUUUACCAUUAUUGGUGCAAAGAACAUUGGCUAAACAAGUGGCACUAGUGGAAUGCCUUGGUAGCGGUGGUAAUGGUGGAUUUGGUGGAGAAGUUUGGAGAGGAAUAUGGCAUGGUGAAAAUGUUGCUGUAAAAAUAUAUUUUUCACGAGAUGAAGCAGCUUGGGCUCGUGAAACAGAAGUUUAUUCUCAAUUGCUACCAUCGAGACACGAUAAUAUUCUCGGUUACGUCGGAAGUGAUAUGACAAGUAGAGCAAGUUGCACUCAACUUUGGCUAGUGACUCAUUAUCACCCGAUGGGCUCGCUUUUCGAUUAUUUAAAUCGAACACCUCAUUCUUUGACACAUCAUCAAACACUCAGUAUUUGUUUGAGUAUUGUGAAUGGAUUGCUUUAUCUACAUACAGAAAUUCAUGGAACUAGAGGGAAACCAGCCAUGGCACACCGUAAUCUCAAAUCUAAAAAUAUUCUUGUUAAAACUAAUGGUAGUUGUGUAAUUGCUGAUUUUGCAUUAGCUGUAACGCAAGAACGUUUGGCUACAGAUAGAAUCGAUUUAAAACAAGGUACAAAACGAUAUAUGAGCCCAGAGAUUCUUGAGCAAACGAUAAACGUCGAAUGUUUGGAGAACUUCAGACGAGCUGAUAUAUACAGUUUAGGAUUGAUACUAUGGGAAGUUUGCAGGAGGUGUAUAAGUAACGGUGUUGCAUUAGAAUAUGUAGCACCAUAUUCUGAAUGGCUUUCUAAUAGUCAAGAACCUUCUAUCGAAGAAAUGCGAAAAUUAGUAUGUUUGGAUCAACAUAGACCACCUCUUCCUAACAGAUGGCAUUCUGAUCCAACAUUGGCUGGUUUGGGGAAAUUAAUGAAAGAAUGCUGGCAUGGAAAACCUGCAGCGCGACUACCUGUUCUUAGAGUAAAAAAAACACUUGUUAAACUGGCAGCUAAUGACACACGUGUCCAUUUGUCCCUUGAUUAAGUAGCAUGUAUGGAUACGUAUUAUUUUAUGCAGAUAUUUAUUAGUACGAAGAAAAUAAGCUGCGUGGCUUGUUCUGUAAAUUUAUUUCUUCUUUGCAAAAAUGAAGGACAAUUAUAUAAAGUUUGUGCUACUCAUUUACUUUAUUAUAAAUAUAUUUAUAAUUAUCUUGAGUCGAAAGAUGAUACUUGAGGCAAAAUGAAAUGAAGUCUUAUUUCAUAUGAUUCUAAUAUUGUAUAUUACGAUUUAUAGGAUAAUAUUUGUGUAGUAUAUUAUGUGUCCUUGUAUAGUGUAUUUAGUAGUUAAAUUAAAAAGAAAUAUUUUUUUGUUAAUUACUAUUAUUAUUAGUUUCUAGUACCGUAAAGCCUCAGCCGUCUCAAAUAGUCUAACUAAGCUGGCGAAGAAUAUGUUCAUCGCUUUGUGAAAUUAUCUAGUAUAAAUGAAUAUUCAUUUAUAUCGGAUAUUUUAAUUGGGUAAAUAAGUUACCACUCUGUUAUGUAAAGAAUGAAAUUUCUAUCAUUUUUAUUCUAAGAGAAUUUUUAAACUACUUGAGAGAAAGGGAGAUGCGAUCAUCUAUUAUUGCCAAUGGCUGAGAAUUAUUGAUGUGUUCAUUAUAAUUAACGUGCUUAAUUAGCUAGAUUAUUUACUGUAAUUAUAACAUAAUAACUAUAACAAUUGAUAAUUCAAUAAAUAGUUGUUAUAAUUGUAGUAGCAACUAUAAAUAUAAGUGGUAACAAAAUCUUUAUCAAAAUAACAAUAGAUUUUUUAUAUCACAUAUAUAUCAAUCACUAGGAAAUGUUUUGCAGGUGGUAACAGCUAUAUAUUCAAAACGUUAAUAAACAGACGAGACUAUUAGUACAUAUAUCUUUUCGGCAUAAUAUUAUUUUUAUAUGACAUGUAUGAAUGUUAACAAGAUUUGUAAUAAAAAUCAUAGUUAGUGUAUCGUCA